AUGAGCGACCUCUCUCAGCUACCAUCAGACACCAACAGGGGUAAGCCGCCGGAAUGGCGCCAUUGGUGGGACAAAGUUGCAACGUCUAGCAGCGAUGGUUCCCCGCCGCCGGACAACGAGGAGGAAUGGGAGGCCGACGAGGAGGAGGGGGAGGAGGAGGAAGAGGCUAAGGAGGCGGCAGCCCGGGCGAAGGCGGAAGCGGAGGCGGAGGCGAAAGCGAAGGCGAAGCCGGCGAGCACCGUCGACGACGAGGAGGACACAAGUUCCGUCGACGCGUCGAACAACACAGCCUCUUCGGAAGAGGUUGGCGACGCGGAGUAA